CUUCGCAGCGUAAACCCUAAUCACAUUUGAUCUCUAACAUGAUAUGGUCUGAGCUAAUUAUAUUAGCCUGAGGCAAAGAAGUCUCCGUAAUUUCGGAUUUCCAAUCGUUCGAGAUUGGGUCACCGGGGGCUGCGACAUCAUGUUCAUCAACUCGACUGUAGCAAUUGGUUCUCAUCGAUUGCUUGUUACAUAAUUAAGUACAUACAUGAACAAGGAUUUCCCUAAUUAAAUGGUUUCCGUCAGCUUAUAACUUGAAAGAUUCAGUCUUGUGGGAAGUGGUAUUUUGCUGUCUGUUUUGGAGACUAUCGGUCGACACACACAAAUUGUCUAAGUGCAUAACAUGCAUGCUUACCUUUGUUCACUAAACAUCCUCUCAUUGAAGAUUAUCGUCCGAUAUUAUGACAUUUCCUCGUGACUCCAACUAGAAAUCUCACACAUCUCAUGGCCACAAUGGCCACUUGUUUGGUUUGACAUCAACAAUAUCAUCAAAACAGUGACCAGGUCUUCUUUUUACUCUCUUCUUGUGCUGUCAUGGUGAUUUCAUUGUCCACAUGGGUGGCAGCUCUAACAUCGAAGAAGAAAGGAUUACUAGAAGAAAAGGUGUUGAACUGCCUUCCUGAAUGAGUUCUUGAAGUGCUCAGUUGGGUAAGCACAGCUACACCGUACAGGGAAUCUGUCUGCAUCGGGGAGCAAAGAGUUGUAGAUCUAUUGCUUACAUGUCUGUGAGAGCAUAGAGGGGGGAGAGAAGGCUGAGGGAGGGGCCACUAUUCCACACUAUUUUUUGAAACUUGUCUUUUUGUUCAAAUUGUCCUGUAGAGCUCUUGCUUUCUUCUGUUUCAUCUUUUUGUCAUCACUUUGGGCAGAUGAAUUAUGCACUGAGUUGGUCCCCUCCAAGUCUGCAAGAGCAUUAAUUAGGGGUGCAAAAAAAAUGUUGUGAGUGUAAAGGACAGGAUAGGACAGCAACUCUGCCCCUCCUCUGGGUUUCUAUCCAUUAUGUUUGGUUGGGUUGGAUUGAACUGGUAAAGGGUCAAUGCUUCCUAUGUGAUUCAAUGGUGGGUUUCUUGAUGCUACCACAGAUGGGAGUUGUCUAGAGUUUGGAUUUUGGAUUUGGUUGGUCAAGGGUUUUGGGGUGGUUUUUGUGAUUCAAUGCUGAGUUUCUUGAUGUUUCUACAGAUGGGAGUCUCCUGAAGUUUGGAUCUUGGAAUUUGCUCCUUUCGGGGUUCUUGUGAGUCAAUUGUGGCUUUCUUAAUGCUUCUACAGAGGGGUGUAGCCUAAACCCUGGAUCUUGAGUUUGGUCAUUUAGGAUUUAUGAGGUGGUUUGGCAGGGCCCCUAAAUGAAGUGAAGUGCUUGGAUUAUCCAUAAAUGUGCAACCUUUGGAUGACACUACAAGGUCGCUAGGGCAGUGCUUCUGAGAAACAGGACCCUUUUGCAAUCUAUGGUUCCUACUUCGGGCCUUCACUUGGUGGCAUUGUACAAGAUAAACCAGUUCAUGGAUAAAAGAGCAUUUAUCUACACGAGCAUGUAGGGUGAUGAUCAAUGACCACAAAGUGGUGGGUUUUGUGACCGUGUUUUUGCAGGACCUUGUUUGAGAUUCUUUAAUCACAUCUUUCCUAGAUUCAUUCAAGAUGGCAUGCAUGAAGCUGGGAUCGAAACCUGAUGCCUUCCGGCAACAAGGGCAAUCCUGGUUCUGUACAACUGGGCUUCCAAGUGAUCUUACCGUUGAAGUCGGAGAUAUGAUGUUCCACCUCCAUAAGAAAGGGAGAGCGGAGGGUAGUUAUCUGAACAUUUUCACCGACAUCCAUUUAUCGACUUUCUUGACCUUUUUUCCUUUGCUAUCAAAGAGUGGUCUUUUAGAAAAACUAAUCAAGGAGAACUCUGACAAAGAAGAAGCAAUAAAGUUGCAUGAUGUUCCCGGUGGGGCACCAGCAUUUGAACUUGUGGUCAAGUUCUGCUAUGGUGUGAAGUUGGAACUCAAUUCAUCAAAUGUUGUGCGCUUGCGCUAUGCUUCGGAGCACCUUCAAAUGACAGAAGAGAUAGCAGAAGGCAACUUGAUUGCUCAGACAGAAAUCUUCUUUAACCAGGUUGUCCUUCGCAGCUGGAAAGAUUCGAUGAAAGCACUCCAAACAUGCAGUGAUUUCCUCCCUCAUGCUGAAAACCUUCAGCUUAGUAAGAGAUGUAUCGAUUCCUUAGCCGUUAAAGCUAGUACAGAUCCAAAUCUAUUUGGCUGGCCGAUGAUGGAGCACUGUGCCAUGCAAAGCCCUGGUGGGAGUGUGUUGUGGAAUGGGAUAAGCACAGGAGCUAGACCUACAAACUGUCGUUCGGAUUGGUGGUACGAGGAUGUCUCCUCCUUGACUUUUCCCUUGUACAAAAGGCUCAUCUCUCUGAUGAAAUCUCGGGGCAUCAGACAAGAAACAAUUGCAGGUUCUCUGACUUUCUACGCUAAACGGUAUCUUCCCGGACUGAACAGGCAUCAGAAUCUGGCACAUGGAAAUUUUGUAGCUGCACCUUCUGAAGAAGAGCAACGGCAUCUCGUCGAAGAGAUCGAUAGCUUGUUGCCUCUUCAAAAGGGUGUAGCCUCAACCAAGAUCUUGCUUGGUCUUCUUCGCACUGCCAUAAUUCUGCAAGCUCGCCCGUCAUGCAUUUCUAACUUGGAGAAAAGGAUCGGGAUGCAGCUAGACCAGGCCGACCUGGAAGAUCUACUUUUCCCAACCUUUGCAUACUCCACGGAGACACUCUACAAUGUUGAUUGUGUCAAAAGAAUGCUUGAUCACUUCUUAGCCAUGGAUCAAGCUACAGGUGGAACCUCUCCUGGCUCGGUCAAUAAUGAGCAGUCAAUCGGCUCCUCAUCUUUGAUGCCGAUAACCACUGUUGCCAAGCUAAUCGAUGGUUAUCUAGCAGAGGUUGCUCCAGAUACCAACUUAAAGCUGCCAAAGUUCCAAAUGUUGGCUGCUGCCGUACCUGAUUAUGCCCGACCACUCGACGACGGUCUGUACCAUGCCAUUGACAUAUACCUGAAGGCACAUCCUUGGCUCUCAGAAAACCAGAGGGAGCAGCUGUGCCGGCUGAUGGACAGCCAGAAGCUGUCACUAGAAGCUUGCACUCAUGCUGCACAGAAUGAGAGGCUCCCUCUGCGAGUCGUGGUUCAAGUCCUGUUCUUUGAGCAGCUUCAACUUCGGACGUCGGUUGCUGGAUGUUUGCUGGUGUCUGACAACCUUGAUGGCUCACGACUGCUGAGGAGUGGAAUUGCUUGUUCCGGUGAAGCUGGAGGAUGUACACCACCAACCGCUGUUAGGGAGAACAAGGAUCUGAAGGUGGGCAUGGAUUACAUGAGGAUGAGAGUAUCUGAGCUCGAAAAGGAAUGCACAACCAUGAAGCAAGAAAUCAAGAAGUUAGGUCGGGUAAGGAGUCGAUGGAGCAGCAUUUCGAAGAAGCUUGGUUUCAGGAUGAAGAUGCCGCUAUGCAGUGCCCACGAGGAUUCUGUAAGUGACCAGCAGAAGAGUAAAGUUGGGAAGAUUCACAAGUUGCAGGCUGUAAUCACAAAACAGAAGCAGCUGUUACUUGCAGAUGCUUCUUGUCAUCCUACUUAAUUGUGUGACAUUGUUGUGUCCUUAUGUCUGAUUUCUAUUUCAGUAGGCACUUUCAACA